CGCGCUCAAAACGGCGAGACGGGUUUCACUCUCCUUCACCUACUCUGUCUCUCACACCCCCAUCACACGUUCUAUUAUCCAUGACUUCUACUGUCGGAAUCCUCCCGGAUCUGGUCGGUCAGACAAUCAAUGACGGGUUCAUUGAUCUACACCUCUCUCGCGAACUCGGGACUGGAACAUACGGUGCGGUGUACCACGCUACAGACACUGACUCAGGGGCUAGUUAUGCGGUCAAGUGCUUGGGUCCCCUUGUUGAAGGCACAGAGCAUGGCCUCCCCGUCGACGAAGCCGAGCUGGCUUUUCACGCACGGUGCUCUGCACAUUCGAACGUCACGACGCUUCACCGACGGUUCACUCACUCUGGCUUUCUUUUCGCGCUCCUUGAGCUUUCCGCGGGCGGGACGCUCUACGAUGCUAUGCAAGCCGGGGUGUUUUCGGGUGCCGACAAGGAGGCCAAAGUGCGGGCCCUCAUGCUUGAUCUGAUUGACGCUGUUCGUUGGUGCCAUGAGAGAGGAGUGGUCCAUCGAGAUCUCAAACCCACAAACAUUCUGUGUGAUGCAGCUGGUUCGAACGUGCGCAUCGCCGAUUUCGGUGUUGCCGUAGAUGCGACUGGUCUGGUGCAAUCCACGGGUGGGACUGUGGCCUACAUGACUCCUGAGUCACUACUCUCCCAACCUCACGAUGCCAGCAUGUCCGACCUGUGGGCCCUCUCACUUGUUUUUCUGUUCGUCAUAGGCAAUGGCCUCAGCCCUUGGAGUCGCGCCCAUCAAUCGGACAAGGGAUUCCACAUGUUCCUCAACAACGGAAUGUAUCUCCGCUCGCUGUUCCCCAUCUCUGAUUCGCUCAACAACCUGCUCGAGAGAUGCUUCCAACCCUCACUGCCGAUGAUCCGCCCCACUUUGCUCCAGAUGCGGACGGAAGUUGCUGGCAUGAAGCGCUUAUUCAGGAACGACGAUGGCGAUGACGAAGACGACGGAUUCAUUGUAGUAGCUAGGCCCCGCCAGAGGGUCUUCAGCACACCGCUGCACUCGUUACUGCAUGCUCCGUCCCAGCACUCCGCCGCACUCUCUGCUACGUUCGAUUCAAGCAGCUUCCGAGUAUCCCAUCAACGAACUCUCGACGUGCUCGCCACGCUCAACGCCUUGAUGCCACAAGUCCGAGCGCUGAGCGUCGAUCCCGCUCCGUCCGCGUCCGCGUCCGGCUCAUCGACCGCGACUGCAUAUCUCUCCGCGCACUCAUCGUCCUCUGCGACCGGAUCAGCCUCGACGUCGGCUUCAUCUGCGAUGUUCAACCCCAAGUGGCACUCGGCCUUCAAGCUGAGUUUCAAGGGCGCUCGGCCCAGUGACGCAGGUCGCGCUCAAACGACGGUCAAAGUGACCAUCGAAACGAACCCUCCUCAGCCGGAUCGACUGCGUGAUCGGAUGAAACGCGCGCUGCGAAAACUGAUUCCUCGCAUCCGUCCGUUUCCUCGUCAGCGAGUCUGAUGGGUGGUUUGCGUCCUGAAAAUUCAAACAGAAAGCUUUUCUUAUCCCUUUUCCCUUGUCUCCUUCUGUCUAUUCCUUCGUCAAGCUGACUUUUGUCUAGGACGUCGUUGCUCGCCUUCUUCGCUUCAAGUGGAGGAUUGUGCUUUGCCUGGAUUCAUAACACUUCAAAGAUACCAAAUCCAACGUCUAACGUGGUUGCCGACAAAGAUGAGUCACAAAUAUCUCUGUUCCUCGGCCUCGAACCUCUGAGAGUCUGGCCCACUCGAUGAGUGAACGGGUCGAAACGGAUGAUGUCUUGAAUUUUCUUGGCAUAUCGCUAACAGCUGCAUAGAUAUAUCCUUUCCCCUUCGACCGUGACCGAACUCUUCUUGAAGCUCUCAUUCUGACCAUGCAAUCGUCAUUCCAACUUCAGCAAGCGGGGACGUGGGCGUGGUCGGACAUAUUGGAAUCAACUAUUUCAUUUUAGCUCUGGGCCGCGAGAAAUGAGGACAAUUAAUAUACAAUAACAUGUACACUUGGAAGUUGUCCGAUGCAGUUAUUGUGAUUGUGGCCAUCCAAACGCGAUCACGUGUCAGUUCGAUUCGACCGAAACGCGAGCCAACCUAGCUAUCCAUGAUUGAAAUUGGAUCAUUAUUCUCGUCCUCGGAAGGGGUUUUAAUUUGCUUAACAAUCAAUGUCGCUUGUGUAUA